AUGAUCAUGAAGACGAUUAUCUUUAUCUACACCUUUACUUUACUUUUCUUUGGUAGCUAUGCUAGAAUUUCUAUAAUUCCUGAACAGUGUAUAGAACUUGUCAAUGAAGUAAAAAAAUAUGUUUAUCCAGUAAAAAGUUGGACAAUCCGAGAUUUUUGUACUCAAUGUGGAAAACCUAUUGAUUAUUCCAUAGCAAAACUGUUCAUAGAAAGGGCUACAAGAGAACUUGCCGAAACGACUAUUCCGUAUAUUAGAAGUCGAGCUCCCGAAUUACCAAAAGAUAUACUACCCGAAUUCGUAGAGAAUGUUUCAUCAGCUCUUGAAGAUUCAUUUUCCCAUCACAAAGAUAUAUGUAAAUUUGCUAUCAAUAAUCCACUAGAAAUAGAAAAAGCUAUGCAAAUAGCUAUCAACAAAGCAAUAUCUAAAGCAUUACCUAAAGUAAUACCUACAGCAAUGGGGUUAUUACCUACGGCUAGUGAAUGUAAAAAACUUGUACGUAUUCCAAAAUUGAUAAUGCACGAUGUAUCAUCCGGAAAAUCCAAAGGAGGACCAGCCAAUGUAAGAGGUUUAGUUCAAAAAUAUUCUCGACAAUUAUGCAAAAGUUUAUAA